AUGGCUUCUUCUCUAUCUUCGUUUCCUUCUUUGAAUCCUUCACCUCUCGCUCCAAGAUUCUUACAAACCCUAACCCAAUUCCCCAAUGCUCCGUUUCUAUUCCCUUGUUCUGUUUUAAGGUUAAAGCACCAAUCUUUGCUUAAUUCGAGAACACGAACUGUCCCUCUUCAAUCCCAACGAGCUCGGUCCAAAACCCUUGUUUUGUCUGCUCAGUCCAAUUUCUUCAAAGUUCUUAAAACCGCGUGGAAUAUCGGGAAAGAUGGAAUCGAAGCUGGAACCAACCUUGUGCCUGUUUCUGUGCCUAGGCCAGUUGCUAGAAUCUCGGUGACAAUUGCAGCAUUGGCGGUUUCGUUGUUUGUUCUCAAGUCGUUUCUAUCAACUGCUUUCUUUGUAUUGGGUACAAUGGGAUUUGCAUAUUUCUUAUUCAUAGCCUUAAACAAAGAUGAAGCUCCUAAACAAAGAGGAGAAGGUAAUAAUAGUUCUGGUUCCAAGCCAAUGGAUGAUCCACUUGAAGAAGCAAAGAAAAUCAUGGACAAGUACAAGUAA